AUGGGGUCUGGCCAAUUCUCAUUUCUGUUCUUUCUCUGGUUCUGUCAGCUUUCUUUUUCUUCAUCCAUACCUCAUUUGUGCCAUAAAGAUCAAAGCUACGCUCUUCUAGAAUUCAAGAGAACACUUAUCGUAGAUCCCUCAUUAGUUACGAGUAGUUCCUACUCUUAUACGAGUUCAUGGAAUAUGAGCAGAGAUUGUUGCUCAUGGGAUGGAGUCGUAUGCAAUGAGAUGACUGGCCAUAUCAUUGAACUUAAUCUCAGUUGCAGUGGUCUUGUAGGAAAGAUUGAUUCCAAUAGCAGCCUCUUCCAACUCUCUCAUCUUCAAAGGCUCGACUUUUCUUUGAAUAACUUCUCUAGUUCUCACAUCUCGCCUGAAUUUGGCAGGUUCUCGAGCUUGACAUAUCUUGAUCUUUCUGACUCCUAUUUCUCAGGUCAAAUUCCUUCUGAAAUCUCUCACCUUUCCAAGUUACAAUCUCUUUAUUUCUCAGGAGAAAUGCUAACAUUUGGACCUCACGAUUUUGAAAUGCUCCUUCAGAAUUUGACUCAAUUAAGAGAGCUUCAUCUUACUUCCAUAAACAUCUCUUCCACUAUUCCUCCGAAUUUUUCUUCUCAUUUAACAACUCUGAGGCUGGGAAAUACAGGAUUGCACGGGUUAAUACCCGAGAGUAUUUUUCACCUUCCCAAUCUGGAAACACUUGUCUUACAAAAUAAUGAUCAGCUAAGUGGUUAUUUUCCAAAGACGAAAUGGAACAGCAGUGCAUCUCUCAUGGAGUUAGAUCUCAGUGGCGUGAAUUUUUCUUGUAAUUUGCCUGAGUCUAUCGGUUAUCUAACUUCACUGCAUUCUUUGUCUCUUAAAAAUUGCAACCUUCGAGGGCCUAUUCCUGAAUCUCUUUCGAAUCUCACACACAUAUUGGAUUUGGACCUUUCAGAUAACUCCCUAAAUGGAACAAUACCAUCAGGGAUGUUCUCUCUUCCAUCACUAAGUCGUUUAGUCUUGAGUAAUAACCACUUUUCUGGUCAGUUUGAGGAUUUCAAUUCCAAUUCAGUAAUCUGGAUUGAUUUAAGCAAUAAUCAGCUGCAAGGUCAUCUUCCCAAGUCGAUUGAAAACCAUGUGAACCUAACAGGCCUUGUUCUUUCUUUCAAUAAUUUUAAUGGUAGUGUGGAUGAUCUCUUAUGA